GCAUGGUCUUCGGUAGCUGCGUCUUGCAAAAGUUAUAUAUACUCAUUGGUCUUGUGCCUAGGGAUGGGAUGCGCACGCGCAGUGGGCCAAUCUCGCCAGUAUUUCAGCGGCAUCAUUGUGACCUCGGAGUAAAGAUGAGAUUGUGAUGUCAUGUUAUUCGACAGGUUGGGCUUGUCACUGCAUUACAUAAAGCCACGUACAACGGUAACAAGUAAGCAACAAGUAAAAAUGUUUCAUGGCAAAGAAUUAUGGCAGGUUGUUUCCAUGGCCUCCCGCUGGACCAGGGCAUCUUGCAGCCUUACAUUAAACUUGUACAGAUGGAAUAAGACUUUCAUACAUACAUCAUCAUGUCACAGAAAGUGUGAGCUGACUUCUAAAAGGUAUCAGGUGAAGAGAGGAAACUACAAUCAGAUAAAUGACCAAAACAUCAAAUUCUUUACUGAACUCUUGGGUCCACACCGAAUUAUUGAAGGUGAAUCAGAGCUAGAAGGUCACAACACAGACUGGCUGGACACUGUGCGGGGAGUGUCUUCUGUUCUUCUUAAACCCAAGACAACCGAAGAAGUGUCUGCAAUCUUGACUUACUGCAAUCAGCACAGACUUGCAGUAUGUCCCCAAGGUGGUAACACUGGACUGGUUGGUGGAAGUGUUCCAGUAUUUGAUGAAAUUAUCAUCUCAACAAACUUGAUGAAUAAGGUUGAAAAUGUAGACACUUGGUCAGGUGUUGUUACAUGUCAGUCUGGGUGUGUUCUUGAAGCCUUGGAUCAGCAUGUGGCUGACUUUGGAUUAAUGGUCCCUCUGGAUCUUGGAGCAAAAGGCAGCUGUCACAUCGGUGGCAAUGUGUCAACUAAUGCAGGAGGCUUACGCCUGCUUCGCUAUGGAAACCUUCAUGGAUCUGUCCUGGGUGUGGAGGCAGUGUUGGCCUCAGGAGAAGUGGUUGACUGCAUGACAGCCAUGAAGAAAGAUAAUACUGGUUAUGACCUCAAGCAUUUAUUUAUUGGUUCUGAAGGAACAUUGGGAUUAGUUACAAAGAUUGCAAUCCAUUGUCCAUCAAGGCCACAAGCUGUCAAUCUUGCCUUCUUAGGUCUCAGCUCUUAUGAAAAUGUUCUCAAAACCUACGUUGCAGCAAAGAGCAAGCUUGGAGAAAUCUUGAGCUCUUGUGAAUUUAUUGACAGAUCAUCUCUUGAAUGUGUAGAAGAAAACUUAAAACUAAAGCCACCAAUUUCAUCACAUGAAUAUUACAUGUUAAUUGAGACUUCAGGAUCAAAUGGAACACAUGAUGAAGAAAAGUUAAAUAUCUUCCUAGAAGAUGUUCUUGGGUCAGGAAUAGUUGAUGAUGGCACUGUGGCCUCUGAACCCUCCAGAAUGCUGCACAUAUGGGGUCUGAGGGAGAGGAUUGCAGAGGCCCUUCACCAUGAAGGCUACACCUACAAGUAUGACAUCUCCAUCCCAUUGUCUCACUUCUAUAAAAUGGUUGAAGAUAUGAGGGAGCACUUGGGAUCUAAGAUCAUUCGCUGCUGUGGCUAUGGACACAUUGGGGAUGGAAAUCUCCACCUCAACAUCACAACAGAAGAGUUUGAUAAGGAAGUGCUGAAUCACAUUGAGCCGGCAGUGUAUGAGUGGACAUCAAAAGUAAAGGGAAGCAUAAGUGCUGAGCAUGGUCUAGGAUUCAAAAAGAGGAAUUACAUACAUUACUCAAAAUCAUCUGGUGCAGUAACUAUUAUGAAGCAAAUGAAGAAGCUGUUGGAUCCCAAUGGCAUUCUAAAUCCUUAUAAGGUUCUUCCUGAUGAAUAACUUAUUCUAUCAAAGUUCUGAUGUAAUAAAUUAUAGUAUUUGUUGUACAUCAUAUCUACUUAAUUGCUAAUAUAUGUCAUUAGGCAUAUAUGAUCAAUUAUGAUGCAUUUAAAUUUACUACUUAAGUCUUCUGUAUGAUACUUAUAUUGAUGUCCUAAUGCAGUCUGUGAUAUCUCCACAAACAAUUUGUUUAUGAUAUGUGAGGGAGUGCUUGCAAUUGUAACUGAAUGCAUAAAUGUAUAUACCUGUUCUUGAAUAUUUGCCUCCUAGGAGAAUGUUUACCUGGUGUUUCCAUAGAUUUAAGUUAAUGCUGGAUGUGAACAAACAUUUUCUUUUGUUAAAAACUAAGUGCCAUUACUAACUUCUAGUUUUGAUGGAAUUUGUAACAAUAAUGGAUCAAUAUGAAUGAAUGUAUAAUGUAAUAAGAGAUUGAAUUUAAA